CGGUGCGUCGUGUGGUGACCGCUGAACCAGAAGCCGAUACUCGCUCUCGGCGGCGAUGGCCGCGGCGGCGACCAAGGGCGGCGCCGACGCCUGCCGGCGGGAGCAGGAGCGCGCCCGGAGGCCGAAGCCCUCUAGGGUGGCGGCGGACUUCGCCAUGGGCGGCGCGGCGGCGGUGGUGGCCAAGACUGGGGCGGCGCCGGUGGAGCGCGUGAAGCUGCUGCUGCAGAACCAGGCGGAGAUGCUGCGCCGCGGGGGUCUCACGCGGCCCUACAAGGGGAUCGCCGACGCCUUCGCCCGCGUGCUCCGGGAGGAAGGCGCCGCCGCGCUCUGGCGGGGGAACCAGGCCAAUGUCAUCCGGUACUUCCCCACCCAGGCUUGCAACUUUGCAUUCAAAGGCUACUUCAAGAGCUUAUUUGGCUAUGAUAAGGAGAGAGACGGUAAGUGGAAAUGGCUAGCUAGCAAUGUAGCAUGCGGCAGCGCUGCAGGAGCUACAACGUCGUCUCUGCUAUACCAUCUCGACUAUGCACGAACUCGGCUAGCUACUGACGCGAUUGAAUCCCGGGGAAACAAACGUCAGUUCAGGGGGUUGCUGGAUGUCUACAAGAAGACACUUGCGAGUGAUGGUAUUCCUGGAUUGUAUCGAGGCUUCAGUGUGUCUAUUGUGGGCAUCACUCUAUACCGGGGUCUCUAUUUUGGCAUAUAUGACACCAUGAAGCCUCUCGUCCUAGUAGGGCCAUUGGAGGGAAAUUUCCUGGCCAGUUUUGCUUUGGGCUGGGCAAUAACUACAUUCUCUGGGGCCUGCGCUUAUCCAUUCGACACAAUCCGACGUAGGAUGAUGUUAACUUCAGGGCAACCAUUUAAAUACAGGAACGCCUUCCAUGCCGUAAAACAGAUAGUUUCCACCGAAGGGUUCUUCACACUAUUCAGAGGUGUUGGUGCAAAUAUUCUCUCAGGAAUGGCAGGAGCUGGAGUUCUUGCUGGGUACGACCAGCUUCAACGGUUUGCGGGCCAGCAUGAUUACAGAUUUGGGAGCAAGAUGAAAGGAGCAUUGAAGUGAUGUGCAUAGAUACACGUAUGGGAAGAAGAUUCGUUGGUUGUUAAGGCUGGGUUGGCCAAAUGGGAUGUAGGAGCUACAGACUAGCUUACAGAACAAAACUCUACUCCCUUCGAUCUUAACAGUUACUGGGAUGAAUGAGUUGAUCAAAAGAACAUUUCCUGGAGGAGGUUCCCAGGACAGUCAUGAUGUAGUAAAUGAUUCUUGCUAUACACGUUUUAAAUAGAUGUGAUUCUUGAAGUGUAAAUUGCCAUAGACGCAGAAGUUGAUGUCCCCAUGUACACCAUCACUGCAAACUGUAAAUAGUACAUGUGGAAUUGCUAUUACUGAAGGAUAUGAUUCUUCUUUC